CGAGUCUCCCUUCAUUACGAGCGGCGCGUGCUUUCCCGUACAAGUGCAUGGAUUGAACGGAUUGCAUCUAUCCAACCCUUCACAGCUGUGCCGUGACGAUCCCCAGCGCCCGCUCUGCGUCGCCUGCCUGUCUCGGGCUUCUCUAGGGUCCGGCCGGCCCCUCCUCGCUGUUAGUCGCGUCCUCGUUGGCACGCCGACCAGGCGCUUCCGCCGCUACCCCAGAGUCCUCCCUUCGGUUGCGACACCAAUUGCCCACACAGCAUGCCACAUUCCACACCUGCGUCACGCGGCUGAUACAUGAUACAUCAAAAAUACAAUCACCAAGCGAAGCCCCCGAGGCUCACACGCCGCCGCCAUCAUGCUCUCCCACCUCCGAUUCCACAGACGUCCGCCGUCGAACCCGACGUCACCGCUCCCGGACCAGUCGAGCCCUUGGGACUCCACGCAGUCGCAGGAGCAUCCGCAAGCCUCGCUAGACCCUUCUCCCCGCCUCGACUCCCGUCCUCGCUCAUCGAAUGCUCCAAACGAACCGCCGACGCUACCGCCGAUAGCCAGAGUCACCUCGGAGAACGACACGUUGUUCGAUAAGAAGUCGUUCGUGGCCCAGACCGCACCCCAAGACCCGAGGUCACCCCCACAGCCAUCAGCCAAGGAAGUCAAGUCUCCUCCGCAGCCCCGGCCUUCGUACAGCGGCAGUGAAGCCGGCUUCAUCGGAGGCGUGGCACUCCAGAAAUACCGCAAGAGUCUCCAACAUGGUCAAUACAUGGGGCCUGACACGGCGUCCACGCCGCCAUCCCUUCCUGAGAGCGCGCUUUCCCGGUCAAAGCCGCCCCCUCCACCCAUCAACACUGGCGUGAGCGACCGUCCCCCUCCCGUGCCCACGAGGCAGCCGAAAGCUCCCUCGAGCUUCGUCGCGCCGACCGAUAUUAACUCUGGCCCCACCCAGCCUACCGGAAAGAGGCCGGCCGGCACAAGGCUUGCCACGGAGCCGCCCAGCUUUUCCCAUCAAAGUGGCAGCGCCGCGGCACCAGAAGCGCAAAAGACUAGGAGAAGCUUGCCGUUUCUCAAAAACCCCGUCUCCACACUGUUGAUGCGCCGCAGGAUGGGGCAGAACGCUUCGGAUAUCACCCCCGAACCCCUCUCCCUACAGAACUCCGAGCCCACCUAUGAUCCGCGUAUCAAGGGCACGAGGGUUCACGAUUUUAGUGCCCCUCGGCCUCGCCGUAUUGUAUCCCCGCCGCCGAGUCACGGCCCACCAAAUCCAAUGGCCAGUCCCGAAUCUGUGUCUGGAUAUCAAAUUCCGGCUCUCGACAAAAAGGUCGAGGUGGCCGCGGCCCAUGCUGGGCCACAAAGCUCUCCGGAAAAGCAGCCAAGCGGAGGACCGCAAUCUCUAAAGCUGGAGCCCUCGCUGCAACUUGAACCCGAUGGUGGCGAUGCCAAUCAAGUGUCCCCAACCGCCCCACCGAUACCUACAAGAUCUGAUAACCGGCGAAAGGCCUCCCUCGAGAGGAAGGCGGUGCCAGGGCAACUAGUGCAGGUCCAGGACAACCCGCCAGCACUGCCACCCAAGGACUCUCGUACCACUUCUACCCGGACAGCUUCGACCAAGUCAACCAAAACAUCCGAGAACGGAAGCCUCCACGAGCUUCCUAGAAAGAUGUCGUCGACAAGGAGUACCAUGUCACGAAACGCCUCAGCAUCCGGCCGCUCUGUGAGGGAUGGUGUUCUCGCCGCCCUGCCCAGGCACAUGAAGAGUACCUCUUCUAGAUUUAGCUUCGACAUGAUCGGUGCAGCAAGACAGGAGAAGCUUUUGGAGGAAAGACACCGACAAAGAGCACUGGAGCGGAAAGAUAGCGAUCCAGGGCCGGGCCACCGGGACUCCCGGUUUGACGAUAUGGACGAAUUCGACUACGACGCCAUGAUGGAUGAUGAUGGGCUCGAGGAGAGGAUUCCUGGCGUCAAUGCGGAUGCCGAGGACGACGACUACUUGUACGGGGAAGAAGAGAUUCCGAUGAUCGGGGAAGACGAUAUUCCGAUGAUCGGAGAAGAGGAGAUACCUAUGAUUGGCAUAGACGAGGUGCUAGACGAGGACGAAGAGAUGGAUCCCGACAACGACCAGGAGAACUUUGCUGGGUUCGUGUUCCAGCGAUCGAACCCGGUUUCAGAGCUGGCGAGCCCAAUGUCGCCGACAAUGCUGGACACACCGCGGGACGACAGCGGCAAGGUGAUCGGGUUCGCCGUGACCAAGGAUUCUUCGACCCCUGGAGUUAAAAGCCAACUCGCCGCAUCUCCCGUCAUACUGGCUGAACCGACGAAGCUGGAGCAAGCAGUAUCCGGUCUGGGCAUCCGGUCUUCGCCACUCGGUGUCCAGACGUCACCGGCGCUCACAUCCGAGUUUGUGGAAAAGAGAAAUCAGCCGGUGGGGGCGUACGGUCAAAGGCCCCGAUCCCGAAAGGAUGAACUUUACUACGAUGACGGAUUCACAAAUGAAUUUGCCGACGAACUGGACUUCGGCGGCGAAGCGCCGUCUGGCGAGCCGUUCGACGAGUCCAUUUUUGACCUUGACGACACGGACCGGUAUGGGCGACCGAUCCCGGGCGCCUUCGCUCAGGCCCAAGCCCAGCGCGCAGCCGAGCGCCAGGCAUCUGUGAAGAGGGAGUCAGACACAAAUUCGCGCCCAUCCACGCAAUCAGUCGUGUCCGAAUCGACCGCCAAUACUUCGCUCAGCACUGAGUUGGAUGUCGGCGCCGUUCCUGCUGUCUCCAGCGAUGACGCCGAGAACAAAAAGGCUCAGGUUUCUGCCCCAGAGGCACCUUCUGCCCCCGAGGCACCAUUAGCUCAGGCCGUCGAGGGCGAGGCUGUUGUGGAGGAGUUGCUCCCGGUCCUCUCCAGUGAAGACGCCAUGUAUCAGGCCGCCCUUGCCGAGGCCACACAACGGGCGGCACUGUCGGGCAAGUUCCGUAGGGACUCGUCGCCACCCCUGCCGCCAGCGGACCUGCUCAUCAUCUCCCCCACAACAGCCUCGGACGCGCCGCAUAGCGGUCGCUCCGACGCGCCGCCCGAGGGCUUCGACAAUGACUACUACGAAGACGACCCGUACACGCAGGAUAUGGACGACUACGACUUGGACGACGACGAUAUCGUUGCCGAGGCCAAUGCCUCGGCGCUUGCUAACGAUUCGGAUGGUUGGUACGGCCAGGAAUUCGGUUUCUAUUCCAAUGCUCCAGGUGGGCACCAUUUGGGUAGCGCGAGUGGACAGAGUGCGCAGAACCCGUACGAAUACUCCAACGGCGGCUACUUUGGUCCGUCGGGCGGCCUCAACAUUGGCAGAAGCGCCAGCGGGCGUGUCCUCUCGCGCGAGCCCAACCUGACACCCAUCACAGAGCGCUCCGAGUACUCGAACCGCAACUCCAUCAUGUCAAUGGGCCUGCCAUCAGCCAUCGGUAGUGGGCCCGAUAGGAACAGCCUCCAGAGCCCAGGCCUGGCACAGCUCGCCAUGAUGGCCGAUGACGAUAACCUGACGCUCUCGUCGCUCCUACGAUUGCGGUCGCGGGCUUGGGGCGGUUCUCAGCCCAGCCUAGUCAGCAGCCGUGAGGGCAGCCCGAGGUCUGAGCGGCCCGGGCCGUUCCCGUUAUCGGCGUCAGCCGUUGCUGAUGGACCCCUGUCGCCAUGGGCCUCGCCUGGCCCGGUGCAGCCUCAGCUCUCGUCACCCUGGGCUUCGCCCGUCGUGGCGCAGCCAGUUGCUCAUUCGUCUUCCUUCCUAGGCGUGAACCACGCGCGAAAGAAUUCCGCCCUAUCGGCCUGGGGCAAGGACUCGGACGCCGGCAGCGGGAGCGGCAGCCCGACGUUGAUGAUGAGCUCCGCAUUCCCGCCGCCCACCUCGCCAUCCCCCCUGCUUCAGACCACGACUCGCUCGCACUCGCAGUCAUCUAUACCUCACGCGCACAUUGCAUCUAUGUUGCUGCCGUCCUCGUCGCCCUCCCUGGUGGGCAACACCUCGUCGCCCUCGGCGAGUGUCUCGCCACCAGAGGAAGUAGCACCGAUCACGUCCAGCGUUACUGCCGGCACAGCGAAAGAGGUGCGUCGGAUCCCUUCGUCGGGGUUCUCGACAUGCAAACCCUCGUCAGUCCACGGCGACGACAACCAAGCAUCAUUCACUGCGAACGGCCGUGUUACGGCGAGCUUGUCUGAUGCUGCAGUGCCACCACUUCCGCUGCUACGGAGCUCGACACUUGGGCUGGUUGCGUCAACCUCUGUUGUUGGGGAUAUGGAAACACUACCCACACAAACACCCCAGGCAGACUUGGGUCAUCACAGAUCUGGCAGCAUCUAGGCUUGGAUACAAGAUGCAGACCCCUACUAGCGCUUAAAGGGGAACCAGCCCCCUUGGUCCCGCGACUUUGUUUCUUUGCAUGUACUACAAGGAGUUACCGGAUAGCUUGAUACCACGGGGAUGACUAUGUACCAGUUAGGCGCAGUUUGGAUACUACCCGUCGGGCUGAAGAUGUCCCGAAAUCCUUGGAGUUUCCGAGCUACGUUCCUCGCACACCUAAUAUAGUAUAUUUUGUUCAGAUUCCAUAUUCUUCCGGAGCAGACCUGGGUGGGUUGUGAUGGGCCAAGGCGAGACGUUAGGAUUUGGAUACCAGAACAAAUCGGAGUAUAUUCCCAC